UGGUCUAAGCUGUGUUUUUUAAUUAAAUCUGUUGCAGAGUAAACAAACAGAACCCCUAAUCUGCAUGCAAUCAGUGACAAACAAUCAUGUGAUAUUAUUAUCCAUCUUUUUUAUUGCCCGUCUUCAGUUUAGAUGGAGCUAAUCAAACUCAGACUCUGCGUUUAAGUGCAUAUUUUUGGUACUAAAUGAACCCACUUCACUAAUAACAUACCAUUGCUAGAGAUGACCCUGACAGUAAUUAGUCUUGGUUGAGUGUCACCUCCUUAUUCUCCCUGGAGAGCAAGAACAGUUGUUUUUCUACAUAGAAGUGUUUAGUAUGGACACAACAUAUUUUAAUACAAUUUGCAAUUACCUUUUUUCAGGUAAAUUGUUUGUACUGUAAUGUACUGUCACCUCUACUGUAGUACAAUACCAUGUUUACUGUAAAUAUUGCUGCUACAAAAUACUUAGCACCAAUAGCAUCAUUCCUUACCCUGAGAGUUGUGUCUAGGUCAAAUCCGUCUCUAAAUGAGAUAGACUAGUUACAUUGCUAUAAUUAGUCCAGGCAGUCACUACUGAAGGGUCAGAAAGCCCUUAUAAUCUGCCCUGGACAUCCCUGUGUGAUAAUCAGGAUGUUCAUGAGCUGAGCAGAGCUUCAUUUCCUUGAGUGCCUUUCACGUCAUUAUGACAUGAUGUCAUCUCCCGUGAACUCACAAUGCACCUUUGUAGUCAACGGGCUUUGCUAGUAUUAACCCGAUUUGGAAGGCAAACUGUCCUGCGUAAACCCCAGGAAAAUCUGUGCUAGGACAGGCGGAGUUAGCUUUCCACAUUCAUAAUAAUGUUAAUAACCAGUAUAAACUCAUGUCUAGACGACCCUUCUAAAAGGUGAAAUAUACUGUAUGUAAUGUUGUUAUGUUGUGGAGUCCCAUCAGGGUUUUUAACCAAAAGGUCAUACUUGGUAGACCAGAUCUUCUAAUCAUGCUAUCGCAGUUAAUUACUCAGUUGUGAACUCUGUUGUUGAUGAGGUUAUUUUGUGUUUUCAUAAUAUAACUGCCUAUAAUUUGACCAUUUCGGGCAUGUGUUGGGUCAAGCUAGAUUAUCUCCAUUUUAAGGAUUAGGUUUAAAUCUUGGUCAGUGGAGGUCAGUGUAACAAGCUUUCAGCAGUUUUAGAACUAAGUGCUAAAAUGGUUAAUCUAUGCUGACCAGCUAAAUUUUCAAUCAACAGCCUCAGGGGGAAGUUUAGAAAAAGAACUGUAUUCUUCCAGCCACCAUGGACACUUUUUUCCGACGGCAUUUUAAGAGGAAGGAAGCAGGAGAAGCCAUUCAUGACGGCCACGUAUCUGAACCCUGUCGACACAGGAGGCCAAGCAUUGCAGUGCCAGCCAGCCGUGCCCGUCGACGCUCCAGCAUAGGUCUUCCGUCCACUGCGUUGACCCAGCGACGCCGAUCCAGUGUCCAACUUCAGGCUUUACCUCGAAUCACUAGCAGUCAACCGGUUCAGAAAAGCAGUGGUAGACGGCGCUCCAGCACCACCACCCCGAAAGCCAAUCCUCGCUUUGCCGUACGCCGGAAGAAGGUGAGCAAGCUCCGCAAUAUAGACACACACCUCUUGGGACCGUCCAUGCUGCUGGCCAGCUUAAUUCAGAUGACAAAAGAGGAGGAAGAGGAUGAGGAGAGCCGAAGUCCAUUGCCAGGGCAAGUGGAACUCAAGGGAAGCAGCACGAAGUUCAGGAGUCACACAGAUGUCCUUCUUUCAGAAGGCGACAGCGACAGUGAUAGCGAGGACUCCAGCGGACACUCGGAUGAGAGUCAUCACUUAGGGCUGCGCAAGGAGUUCCUAGAGGAGGCAGAUUUGUCAGACUGGGAGAUCAAAGAGUCUGCUGUUUUAUGCCAGCAGGAAUGCCUUCCUCUGGCUGUGGUGGCAGAGCGUGUCCAGGCCCACCCGCUGAUCCGAGUUCCCCGCUGCCUCCGGAGGAACUCGUCACAUUAUGGCUAUGCGGAGCCGGGCCCGUACGUCCGCUACUGCCGCAGCAGCCAGAGGAGGCGCCGUCGACGGGUCUCCACCAUCUCGAAAGCGGGAAGCCCCUGGCCAGGAAGAGGCCUGCCGCUUCCUAUCCGAAGAAGCUCUACCUGCUACAGGGGCCAUGCGACUCUCAAUCCUCUCCUGGGAGCUUACUACGAUCCCAGGCUGGAGUCUUGGAGUGGAUUCUUGUCGUAUAAAUUGAUUGGGAUGGUUUGUGUGCAGGAUAACGCUGCCCAAUCCGGUGCCAUAAUACCAGGCAAAUGUGAACCCAACAAAGAGAUCUGCAGCACCGUGGAUUGGACUGAAAAUGCCCAGUUUGGUCAACAUGUGUGGUUUGAGACCAGUCCGGCUGGAGAUUUCUGUUACGUUGGAGAGACGUAUUGUUUUGCAAAGUCACUGCAAAAAUCUCUUCCUCGCCACAAAUGUGCAUCCUGCAAAAUAGCAGUUCACACUGUAUGCAUGGAUCAGCUGGAGAAGAUUAACUUCAGAUGUAAGCCAUCAUUUAAAGAUCCAGGGAUGAGAAAUGUCCGAGAGACUCCAAACAUGAGACAUCACUGGGUCCAUAGGAGACGGCAAGACGGAAAAUGCCGGCAAUGUGGAAAGGGUUUCCAGCAGAAAUUCUCCUUCCACAGUAAAGAUAUCGUGGCCAUCAGCUGCUCUUGGUGUAAGCAAGCAUAUCACAACAAGGUGACUUGCUUCAUGCUGCAGAAAAUCGAGGAGACGUGUUCCCUCGGAGCUCACGCGGCUGUGAUCAUCCCUCCAACCUGGAUCAUCAGAGUCCGCAGACAGCAGGCAUCAUUGAAGAGCAGUAAAAGAAAGAAGAAAACAUCUCUGAAAGCCAAACCCUGCAAGAAAGCCACAGAGGAUGGCAAAUGGAAGCACUUUAUUGUGCGACCGAUUCCUUCUCAGCUCAUGAAGCCUCUGCUGGUGUUUGUCAAUCCGAAGAGUGGCGGAAACCAGGGAACGAAAAUCAUCCGCUCUUUCAUGUGGUACCUGAACCCCCGGCAAGUGUUCGACCUCACUCAGGGAGGUCCGAGAGAGGGGUUAGAAAUGUACAGCAAAGUGCCCAACCUGCGUAUCCUCGUUUGUGGCGGUGACGGAACGGUUGGGUGGAUUCUCUCAGUGCUGGAUGAGCUCCAGUUGAACCCUCAACCCGCCGUGGCCGUGCUUCCCCUCGGGACAGGAAAUGACCUAGCCAGGACUCUCAACUGGGGCGGGGGCUACACGGAUGAACCGGUGUCCAAGAUCUUGUCCCAUGUAGAAGACGGAAACAUCGUCCAGCUGGACCGAUGGAACCUGAGCGUCGAGCCCAAUUUAGAGGCCAGUGAGGAGGAGAGAGAUGAACACCAGACAGACAAGCUUCCCAUUGACGUCUUCAACAAUUACUUCAGCCUUGGAUUUGAUGCACAUGUGACCUUGGAGUUUCACGAGUCCCGAGAGGCUAAACCAGAACGGUUCAAUAGUCGACUUCGCAAUAAGAUGUUUUAUGCAGGGACAGCAUUCUCAGACUUUUUGAUGCGCAGCUCCAAAGAUCUGUCCAAACACAUCAGGGUUGUGUGUGAUGGCACUGAUCUAACCAGUAAAGUGCAGGAUAUGAAACUGCAGUGCCUCCUGUUCCUCAACAUCCCCAGGUAUUGCGCUGGUACGAUGCCAUGGGGGAACCCAAGUGAGCACAAUGACUUUGGGCCACAGAAACAUGACGACGGGCUCAUCGAGGUUAUCGGUUUCACCAUGACCUCUCUGGCGACGCUGCAGGUUGGAGGACAUGGUGAGAGGCUUCAUCAGUGUCAGGAGGUGACCCUGACAACCUUUAAGCCCAUCCCUGUGCAGGUGGAUGGAGAACCCUGUAGACUGGCUCCAUCCGUCAUACGCAUCACCCUCAGGAACCAGUCCAACAUGCUGCAGAAGACCAAGAGAAGAAUCUCUCUACCACAACUAUAUGAUCAGCUGCCCAUCACAGAGAAAGUGCAGAUCCAGGUGAACCGUAUCAGCAUGCGUGAUUAUGAAGCUCUUCAUUAUGAUAAGGAGCAGCUCAGGGAGGCCUCGAUUCCUAUGGGGAUAAUUACGGUUCCUGGGAACAGUGAUUUGGAGACGUGCCGGCUGCAUAUCGAGAAGCUACAUGAGGAGGGGGAUGGUGUGAAUACAGACACACUGCACAUGCCAAAGCUUUCACCAAAAUGGUGCUUCCUGGAUUCUACUACAGCAGACCGUUUCUACAGAAUAGACCGCGGUCAGGAGCAUCUAAACUAUGUGACGGAGAUCUCUCAGGAUGAGCUUUUCAUCUUGGACCCGGAGCUGGUCACCAAGGAGACGGUGGGCACGUCGCCCGGAAUGCCGGGUGCGAUGGAAAGUGUUGGGGGAUGUUCCAAUAGCACAGACCAGUUUGCUUUUCCUGCCUGCUCCGCCGGGCCUUCUCCACUGUGCAGGGUUCACCAGACGCAUGCUGAAGGCCAAACGGAAAGCGUGAGCAUGGAUAGCGACACGCGCACACAAACUAGCGAUCCAGAGACUCCCACAAAGCCAGGCUUGUGCAGGAGGGGAGCAAAAAUGAUGAAUUUGAAUCGUUCAAACACAGCUGAUGAGGACUCAGUGAAUGUGCCAAGGUUAGAUUCUGGCUGGAAUGACAGUGAUCAAGAAUCAAUCAGUUUGCUCUUUGAUGCCGUAAAGUCUGGCAACCUCGAAAAGCUGGUUCAGACGCAUGAAGGUGGGGCCAACCUGUUGGUCCAGGACCGUUUUGGCUGCACCCUCCUCCAUCAUGCAGUGGUUUUAGGCAGUAAAGAGAUUGUGAAGUAUAUCAUUGAUAACGCUCCGGCCUGCAUCCUUGAUGUGACAGAGAAAUCAACAGGGGAGACGGCCCUGCAUAAGGCAGCUGCGUUGUGCCAGAGAACAAUCUGCUAUUACCUGGUGGAGGCCGGAGCAUCCCUCAUGAAGACAGAUCUACAGGGUGAAACUUCAAAGAUGUACGCAGAAAGAGCUCUAGACAUGGAGUUGGCCGCAUACUUGGAAAACCGACAACACCACCAGAUGAUCCAGAGGGAGGACCAUGAGACGGCUGUGUGACCGGCCUCCGGAACCAUCCAUUCCAUCUGAGUCUUAUCUGCUCUCUCCCAUGGCCGGUUUAUCCGGUACGGCCACACGUUAGCGAUGCUAUGAGGCAGCAUAUGUGCGGAAAUUAGUUUGUUAAUCUCUAUAUUGAUUGUAAUGCCAAAAAGACAGUGUUUGUGUCAUGUUUCAGAAUGCAUGAGUUUGCUACGUCCAGCUUUCAGGGCUCCACUCCUUAGGACCCAAUGUGCAAAAUUUUAGGAAUUUCAGGGCUGAAAUACCAUGUAUGAAAGUGGCUUUUACUAAACUACUUUAAAGAAAACCAGACAAACCUCAUGAGAGAUUAAUAGGAGAGGUUUUUGCUGCUUCUUAUUACGUAAUAUUAAUGUUUGAAUUUUGGAUUGCAUAUCUAAAGGUUUUACAGAUUUUAUGUAACCGUAGAAACUUCCUUUAGCUUGGCUUCCACUUCACGUGUUUGUUCUAAUUUGAGAUAGAGACGUUGUUUUCAUGGCCUCCUACGUUUAAGAAUGCUUCCUCAGCUGUUGCUUAUGGCCAGUUUCUCUCUUUGUGGUAAAUGCUUGAAUUUCGUAAAAACAUUCCAUUAAUUACUACCUUAGAUAGCAUUAAAUCAAUUCUUUAUUCACAAUAUAUUAUAAACUGUAAUAAUUUCUUAGUCAGUAGAUUUGCCUAUGACCAUAAAGUUUGCCUAUGAAUGACGUUUCCUUCAGGAAUGGGAUCGUAUCUCUUAGCAUAGAUUGCUUGCACUGACUGCUAUACUUUUAAAUGAAAAUUUUAGGUUCUUUACAGAAUUUAUAAA